AUGGUGCAUUGGUUGGGGGCUAUUAUCGUACGAGAGGACACACAGGCUGGCACACCUGUGAAGCAGGAGGAGGUGGAGGGGUUGGGUAAAGUUAGGGUCAUUCUCUACCGAGACGGUGUUUCCGAGGGACAAUUCGAUUCUGUGCUGCAAAUUGAACUCUCGGCUAUGCAGAGAGCUUGUUCAAACCUUAGACCCGACUACGAACCGCGAAUAACAUUUAUUGUGGUGCAAAAGCGUCACCACAUACGAUUGAAUCCAGUGGAAGAGGGGAGGAAUGUUUCACCGGGCACAGUGGUUGACACAGAAAUCACACAUCAUCGUGAAUUUGAUUUCUACCUCUGUUCGCAGGAGGGCAUUCAGACUCGUCAGCGGUGGUGGUGGUGGUGGUAA